UUUCCUAUAUAUAAAGGCUAGGUCCCCUCUCCUCUCCAUAUGUUUUCAUUAGCUUGCUCCAUUGAUAGCUAAUACUUUUGUGAGGAGCAAGGAAGGGAAGAUCUUGACUGCUAUUACAACUACUAUUCAUAUCAACAAUGACUUCCGCAGGUAUGAAUUUGGUUUAUUAAUUUAUUAUUUGGUGAUUCUUGAUUCUUAGCAUGAUUACAAAUUAAAAUUCAACAAUUGGUAUCAGAGCCUUCAUGCUAAGAUCAGAAUCAUACACAAAAAUAAUAUUCUAUCUCGAUUAUUUUAAACUUUUGUUAAGCACUGUCCCAAAAAAAAAAAUAAUAAUAAUAAUAAUAAUAAUAAUAAUAAUAAUAAUAAUAAUAAUAAAUUGGACGUUUGGCCUUCUGCACGCUUUUGUCACUUAUCUUUGUCUUUUUGAAUUUGUAAUUCAUAAUUCUUCACAUUCGUAUACUGUUAAUAGCAUGGUUUAAGUAGAAAAAUUUCAAUUAUAAGUAAAUUUAUGGAUGAUUAUAAGUCUGAAUAGACCGACACGUAGGCCCAACGUUCCAUGAAUUUGCAUCUCUGAAUUAUGGUCUCAGGCUAUUUUCGUUUUAGUUUCAAUUGGGUUUUCAUUGUGGAUCCAGUAAUAUUCAUAUAAUUGUGAUGCAAAACUUGAUCUAGAAACCAUGUUACUAAUAUUAGUUUUUAUUUAACAUUAUUCAUCAUUAUCAGCAUUAUACUAUACGAUUACUGUGGUUCUUCAAGAUUUUAUUUUUUUUUUUAUUUUUUUUUUGGUGGACUUCUUGUGUAUGAAAGAUCGGAAGUUUGCUUGACUGUGUCAAACCCAGUUGCUAUUUGGGUGAGGCUCCGGCCGACUGCUACUUGUCUGGUUGAGGUGCCGGUCACACCAGGGGUGGAGCCCCAUUAGGCCAUCUGCCCGCACUGAACUUUUGGGCUCCAAUAGGCCCAAUUUAUUUUUUUUGUUUGGGUAAAGCCUGUUUAAUUAAAAAGGCCCAAUUUCCCGACCCGACUUCUUGAAUCAGUCCAUGGGCCGUUUAGUGACCCGACCCGAACCGACCCGACUUCUUGAAUCAAUUAUAACCCGUUCAAUUCAUGUUUCCAAUUUCCAAACCCUUGCAAACUUGAAAUCUUGAAUCACGUCUCUCCUCUCUGCUCUCAACCGGUGCCGUCGCCGCUUCUCGCCAGUCGGCAACUACUCCAACUCGCAAGCGACGCCGACUCAACUUCCACUCUUCCAGUCCACCGCCAGGUCCGCCACUGCUACGAGCGUCUGCCACUGCUUCUGCGGCUCUGCCGAGUUCCGACCGAAGCUGGAAGUUGCCCAACGAAGAACUAAGAAGCCCAUCAAGGAGAUUGCCCUGGCCAUUUCUCUCCUGGUUUUUGGCGCGCUCGGAAUCUUUCUUUCAGUUUCUUGGAAUCUUGGUGCCAUUAUGGCCGUCAAUAAUGUCGGCAGUGACCACUGACCGCACCCACGGUAAAUUUUCUAUUGGAGUUUGAGUUUGAGUUUAACUGUUUUUAUUGGUGUAUUUAUUGUGGGAUUUCAACUUUCUUUCUAGUUCACUAAGUUAAUGUUCUUUAAUGAUUAACUUAAGGGGGUUUUGAAUAAUAUUCAGUAAAUUAAUAAUCUUUAGUUAUUAAUUAAGCAUUAGAUAUUUGGGGAACCCAUUUCAAUUUAUAUUGCAAUUAGUUUUUCUUUAAUAAAUACUGCUGAAGUUAUAUUGAUGCUACUAUUGUUGAUUAUUAUAGAUAUGUUUUCCAUACAGACAUGAGCAUUUUUCUGAUUAUUAUAGAUAUGUUUUCCUUUUGUCAUUAUGAAUUAUUCUCACUCACUUCAAUUAAUAAUUGGAUAUCAAAUGUUUAAAUCCAGAUAUCAAAUGAAUAGAUACUUUUAACGAAAAAGGAACGUAGAUAGUGUUGAUGAGGGGGCAUCGAAUAAUGUGGAUGUUGAUGAGGGGGCAUCGAAUAAUGUGGAGUUUGAUGUCACAAACUUCCAACUGAUCGUGGUCUAAGGAUACCAAUUUUGGAUUACAAUGCUAACAUCCGAGAUGAAGUUCGAAGAGCAUAUAAGUUAAAGGGUCCUUGUCAGCCCCAAGAUCAUGACUUUCCAAAACGACAAUUUGGAGUAACAAUUAGACGAUUCAAUCCUUCGUGGUUUAAAGAGUUCGGUAGUUGGUUGGAGUACAGUGUAGAGAAGGAUGCUGCUUAUUGUUUGUAUUGUUAUCUUUUCAGAACAAGUUCUGGAAAGCAAGGUGGAGGUGAGUCUUUUGUUGGCGAAGGUUUUACAUAUUGGAAAGAUAAGAAAAGGCUUCAUACUCAUGUUGGACUUCAUAAUAGUGCACAUAAUUAAGCUCGCAUUAAGUGUGAAGUGUUGAUGAAUCAAGAACAACACAUUCAAUCAGUUUUCUACAAACAGUCAGAACAAGCAAGAAAUGCAUAUGUUACACGCCUUAAUGCAUCCAUUGAUUGUGUUCGAGUUCUUUUGCGACAAGGGCACUCAUUUCGAGGUCAUGAUGAAUCUGAGGAUUCUUCCAAUCCAAGUAACUUCUUAGUGCAAUUGCAAUUUUUGGCUGCUCAUAAUGAAGCUAUCAAUGCCGUCACAUUGGGAAAUGCUCCUCACAAUUGCAAAUUGACAUCACCUGAUGUUCAAAAGGAUAUAGUAAAUGCUUGUGCUAUUGAAACAAUCAAUGUUAUUAUCAAAGAUGUUGGCGACUCACUAUUUUCUAUUCUAGUUGAUGAAUCUUGUGAUGUGUCAAUGAAGGAGCAAAUGUCUAUUGUUUUACGUUAUGUAGACAAUAGUGGGCAUGUCAAUGAACGCUUCAUAGGGAUUGAACAUGUUACAAGUACCACGGCUCUAUCACUUAAGGCUGCAAUUGAUAAGGUAUUUUCUAGAUAUAAUUUGAGUAUGUCUAGAUUGAGAGGACAAGGUUAUGAUGGAGCAAGUAAUAUGCAAGGUAAGUUUAAUGGUCUGAAAACACUUAUUUUGAAGGAGAGUCCAUGUGCCUUUUACAUUCACUGUUUUGCUCAUCAACUCCAACUUGCGCUUGUGGCUGUGGCAAAGAAGAACAUCCCUAUUACUAAUUUCUUUCGUGUGGUUGGGAACGUGAUAAAUACUGUUGGAGCAUUUUCCAAGCAUUGUGAUCUUCUUCGAGAAAAAUAAUUAGACUUUAUUGUUGAGGCAUUGGAAAAAGGUGAGAUUUUAAGUGGACGGGGACUAAAUCAAGAAACGACCCUUCAGCGGUCUGGUGAUACACGAUGGAGUUCACAUUAUAAUUCUUUGGUCAGCUUGCUUGCCAUGUUCUCUUCUGUUUUAGAUGUACUUGCAAUGAUUGUUGAAGAUGAAUCUUGUUCUUGUGAUCAAAGAUCUGAUGCAACAAAUUUAUUGGAGUUGAUACAAAGAUUUGAUUUUACAUUUAAUCUACAGUUGAUGAAAAGUGUAUUGGCGAUGUCAAAUGAACUGUCAAAGGCAUUGCAAAGAAAAUAUCAAGAUAUUGUGAAUGCAAUGCAAUUGGUGAGAUUGUGCAAACGAAGACUCCAAAUAAUGAGAGACGAAGGGUGGGACUCCUUUUUUGAAGAAGUAUGUUCUUUUUGUCAACAACAUUACAUUCAUGUACCCAACAUGGAUGAUAUGUUUGUACGCCUUGCAAUUCGUGGUCGCCCUCAGCGUAAUUCUCCAGAAAUUACAAAUUUACAUCAUUAUCGAGUAGAUUUGUUCUACUCUGUCAUCGAUUUACAAUUUCAAGAAUAGAAUGAUCGUUUCUCGGAGGUAAACACAGAGUUACUCCUUUGUGUAGCUUGUUUAUGCCCACAAGAUUCAUUUUCGUCUUUUGACAAGAAAAGCUUAAUUAGACUUGCUGAGCUUUAUCCAUUAGAUUUCUCUGCAGUAGAUGGCAUUGUACUUAACGAUCAACUUGAGACUUAUAUUUUGGACAUGCGCUCUAACAAAGAGUUUGAAGGGUUAAAUGGCCUUGGUGAUCUUGCGGAGAAGUUGGUUUUGACAAAGAAAGAUAAGGUAUAUCCAUUGGUUUACAGACUUUUGACUUUAGCAUUGAUUUUACCGGUUGCUACCGCUACUGUGGAGAGAGUUUUUUCAGCAAUGAACAUCGUAAAGAAUAGAUUGCGCAAUCGGAUGGGUGAUCAGUGGAUGAAUGAUAGCACUAUUGUUUAUGUAGAGAGAGAUAUAUUUUUGAAACUCGAUAAUGAAGUUAUUGUACGACGAUAUCAAAAUAUGAAAACUCGCAAGGAACAAGUUUAAUAUAUAAAUUAUGUCAUUUUUAGUGUUGUUGUAAUAUUGUUUUAAUUUUUUAUCAUCAUUAAAUCUAUGACCAAAACCUCGAAGUUCGGCGUCGAAAAAUGAUGUCCGCACUGAACAUAAAUCCUGGCUCCGCCCUUGGGUCACACCAUCCUUUGAAAUUAAAAAAAAAAUCUGGAUUUUCGUCUGAGAAACAGGCUGCAUAGAGGGAGACGGGGGCUCCUAUUAUAAAUAUCUAUCUUUCUCGCCCCUGUUUGCAAUUAAGUAAUUGGGGUGAUGCUGCAAUUUUUGAAAGAUGGGUCUUUUCAGUAAUAUGGAAAUUAGAAAGGCUUUGUUUUGUUGUUUUAACUAAGGUCGAAGAGCAGUUUUUGAAAAGGGGUUAAAUUUGAAUUUUGAUAUUGGAUUUAGAAGU